AUGGCCACGACCCGGACCCGCGCCAAGAACGCGCUAAAGCGCCGGAAGCGUCGGCUCCAGCGGCAGCUCGAGGAGGACCUGCGCAGCGUCCUGCAUGAAGGCCGUGAGGAGAGCGUGAAGGAAGCGCUCGAGGCCGAGUACAUGGCGAGCGAGGAGAACACGCAACGGGUCCAUGCAGCGUGGAUCGCAGCGAACGCAGCGACCGACGCCGCCUUUGCCAAGC